GACUGCAGCAUGCUGUCUGCAGGACGGGGACUGCAGCCGGGGCGAGCCCACAGGGGCACCCGCACAAUCCUUAACACUGGCACCCGUAUCCCAGGGAGGAAGAGCUGGCUCUUUUUUAUCUCCUUCCUUCUCUCCAUCAACCUGCCCCAAGAGAUGGCCUGGCCCUACGACUACAGGAGUUUGUACCAUCAUUGCCCCGGCCCAGAGUGGAACGUCAUGUGCAGGGCCUGCUGCGAGUAUGAUGUGAUCCGCUGUAAAUGCCCAGUCCAGGGGACUCCUGUUGGCUAUGCCGUGCCCUGCUGCCGCAAUGAAAUCAACGAGUGUGACCCCUGCAUUAUCCAUCCAGGUUGCAGUAUAUUUGAGAACUGUAAACGCUGUAACAAUGGGACUUGGGGUCCUAAAGAUGACUUUUUCAUCAAUGGUAAAUACUGUGCUGAAUGCCGUCCUGGCUGGUCCGGUGGAGACUGCAUGAAAUGUGGGGGCUUGAUUCGUAAACGACAGGGCCACCUGGUGCUGGAGAGUUAUCCCACAAAUGCACAUUGUGAGUGGACCUUGCAGGUGGACCGUCCCUUUACUAUAGAUUUAAGAUUCAUGAUGUUGAGUCUGGAGUUUGACCAUUCCUGCCGCUAUGACUAUGUGGAGGUCCGAGAUGGUGACAGCAUUCAGUCACCUGUUAUUGGUCGGUUCUGUGGAAACAACAGACCUGCACCAAUUCAGAGCUCUGGGAACUCCCUGCACAUCCUUUUUGUGUCAGAUGGUUACAAGAAUUUUGAUGGCUUCUUUGCCAUUUUUCAGGAGAGCUCAGCAUGCAGCUCCUCUCCUUGUCUUCAUGAUGGCACCUGUAUCCUGGACACCUCCUACACCUACCACUGUGCCUGUCUGGCUGGCUACACAGGCAAGCGGUGUGAGAAUGUGGUGGGAUGCCGUAGGCCUCCAGUGCCCACCCAUGGUUCCACAGAGGGUGUGUUUCAUCACUCAGGGGCACGUGUCAUUUUCCGUUGUGACCCUGGGUUUGAGCUGCGGGGGUCUCAUUCUGCUGUUUGCCUGAGGGACGGCACCUGGAGUGCUUCUGCCCCACAGUGUGUACCAAAGGAGCAAUUCUGCACCCUCCCACCCAAGCCAACAUAUGGAGACCACUUCCUGGUUUAUGGACCCAAUGAUGUCCUCAUUGCUCUGCAGUACCUGUGCUACAAUCCCUAUAAACUCAGUGGGAAUCCACAGAGAACCUGUCUUCCAAACAACACCUGGAGUGGGAUGCCUCCCACCUGUACCAAAGUGAACAACACCCUCGCCGAACCAGAAAAGGAGGGAGAGAAAGACACUGAAGGAGGCAGAGAAGCAGACACAGACAAUGACAAAGAUGCCAACCAAAAUACAGGCCAAGAUAAUACAACAACAGAUAAAGAAGACGUGGGUGGUAAAGAUCUAGACAACAAGCGGGAGAAUACAACAGCGGUAGACAGCGAAGAUAAAUAUAUAGGAACUGUUCCAGAGCAAACGCCAGGACAGGGUGGGGAUGAGGUCAGUAUAUUGAAGGGAAACUCUGAGCUUCAAAACUCCACUGAUCAAGACAAAGAGGAUAGAAAAGACACAGAAACUAGCUUAAACACAGUUGAAAAGAAGGAUGCCACGGUAGUAACGCCACCAGAGGAAACAGCAGGGAAAGACUCUAGGCAGGGUAAAGAUGGAACAUGGGAAAAAGGCAAGACAACAGAAAUACUGGUGAUAAAAAAUAAAGGGCAAGAAGAGAAGGAGAGAAAAGAAGAGCAGGUAGACACUAGCAGAGAUCCAGACAAAGUCGGCCCGAAUGACACCAAAAUGAGGACAGACACGAAUGAGAAAGACAACACAGUGGAGGUAUUUGAAUUCAAAACAAUAGUAAACAGUACAGGUGCAUUUGAUUCAAAUGACAUCGAGAGGGGGAAUUAUACGAUAGUGUCUCCAGAGCAAGGGGAGCAAACCAUUACCACCAGAGGCAACAUAACACGGCACACCUUGUACAGGGUUGUGGAUGAGGAAAUGGAGAAGUCAAUGAAAGAACCAGCAGUUACAGACGCAGUGGAAAUGGGAACGGAAAAGCCGGAAGAGGAUAAAACGGAAAAGCACUCAGAUGAGAAAACACAGGAGAAUUCGGAAGCUGUAAAGACACAGGAGAGGGAGAAGAAAGAAAAGGAGGAGGAGAAGGAACGCAACCAAAGUGUUAUUGAGAAGAGUUGCCCCCCCCUACCUCGCCUCUACCAUGGUUAUUACCAGUUUGUACCUGGAAUGGAGCUGUUGACGGCAGAGUUUUUCUGUAACCACUCCUAUGCUAUCAGUGGUGACGCCCGCCGCACUUGCCAGCCAGAUGGCACCUGGAGUGGCAAACAUCCCCUCUGUGUAAGAGCUUGUCGGGAACCCAAAGUAUCAGAACUGGUUAAACAGAGAGUCCUACCACCACAACUCCUUUCCAGGAAGACACCAGUGCACAAGCUCUACUCCUCUAGCCUGGGCCAACAGGUCUUGCCUGACAGCUCCACUAAAGCACCCCCACUGCUUUCCCAGUUGCCCGAUGGCUUCCACCAGCUCUACACACAUAUAGAGUAUGAGUGUGCUUCUCCGUUCUACCACCAUUCAGGCAGUGCUCGCCGUACAUGCCUCAAAACCGGAAAAUGGAGCGGGCGUCAUGUCUCUUGUUCACCAGUCUGUGGGAAGCAUCCAACCUUUGACCCUCAGAGGCGGGCAGAAGCUCACUGGCCUUGGCUGGCAGCCAUCUACCACCGUGCCACCAAAGGAGCUGAGACUAAGGUGAACAAGGCAGACAGCCUGGCACAGUCCCCGAAGAAGGGGGGUCGAGCCGGAGCUGGCAUCCGGGAUCAGGCUUCUGACUGGCAGUUGGUUUGCAGUGGGGCCCUGGUAAACCAAAGGAGCAUAGUGGUGUCGGCCCAUUGUGUGACAGAGCUUGGGAAGGUGUACCCUAUGGAUGUGGCUAAAGUUAAGGUGGUUGUGGGCAAGCACUUCCGGGAUGACCUGAGGGAAUCCAAAAGUCUCCAGCACCUGAGGGUGGCCUCAAUUGCAAUCCAUCCAAACUACGACCCCCAUAUUCUAGACUCGGACCUGGCUGUGAUCAAGCUACUGGACAAAGCACGGAUAGGGGAGCAGGUACUGCCCGUCUGCCUCCAGAAUAUCCAGGGAGGGGAGGUAACCACCAGACAAGGGCUUGUGAUGGGUUGGUCCCCCCUAUCAGAUGCACGUCUGGGGGCAGAUGAGCGGGCCAGGGUUGGGGUUGUACACCUCGCUGACGUGGUGCCUUGUGAGCAGCAGUACGCUCGUAACGGUGUGUUGAUAAGCGUCACUGACAAUAUGCUCUGCGGCAGCCAGAAGCCGGACUAUGGUCCCUCUAACAUCUGUCCCUCUGACACCGGGGGCAUCCUUAUCCUCCCUCCCUCCUCCUCAGACCUUGCCAGUAACACCCAGGACCCCUCUCUGAGUUCUAGGUGGGAGCAAGGAGAAAACAGAGGACUGUGGAGACUCUUGGGGCUGGUGAGCUUCGGCUACAGUCAGGGAGAGUGUAAUCCAGACCUUUACACAGUAUACACGCAGGUAGCCAACUUCAAAGACUGGAUAGAAAGCAAUAUGAAAUAAGGGAUCCUCUCCGACUCACCUGUGUUCCUCCUCUGUUUCUAAAAAGAUGUCAUUGCCUUGAUACCUUGCUGUUCUUCCGUUGUGACUUUUGUGCGUUUUUAAGCCCUCACCUAUUUUCCCUUCUCCUUUUCGUUCUUUUCCCUCAUGCACAAACAGGGUGCUCAUACAAAGAGCAUCGCAACACUGGACAGCACAGUACUCUA